AAGUAAAUAUUAUAGAGAUGGUUGCUGGAGGUUCAGUGAUAAUGUCUCUUUUCAUCCAUGCCAUUCUUCUCUCUUACCUGAUUUGCCAGAGUAAUCAUGGUUUCACAGCAAUAGCCGCAUCCUCUCUCGGUGGAAAUGAGACUGAUCGAACAGCUUUACUAGCUUUCAAGGACAAGAUAACAGAUGAUCCACUUCACGUCAUGAGCUCAUGGAAUAAUUCUGUCCAUUUCUGUGACUGGUUUGGUGUCACAUGCGGUCGUAGGCACUGGAGGGUUACAGUGCUCGAUUUACAGGAGAAGAAGCUUGUUGGGUCCUUAUCUCCACUGCUUGGAAAUCUCAGCUUUCUUAAAACAUUAAGCCUGCUUAACAAUGGCUUCAGUGGUCAAAUCCCUCAAGAAUUGGGGAAUUUGUUCAGACUUCGAGUGUUAAGCUUGGAGAACAAUUCCUUCACCGGCGAAAUCCCAUCCAAUAUAUCUCACUGCACCAACGUUGUGUACCUUGGUUUAGGAGGUAACAAGCUGGUGGGAAGUAUACCAAAGGAGUUGGAGUCUUUGUUCAAGCUCCAGCAACUUGUUAUCCCUGAAAACAAUCUGACAGGAGGAGUUCCACCUUUCCUUGGCAAUUUAUCAUCUCUUGAAAUCGUCCGAGCCGCAGGUAACAAGUUCGGAGGGACGAUCCCAGACUCUCUUGGCCGGUUAGUGAAGUUAAGGGUUUUAGCGCUUGGACUCAAUAUGUUGUCUGGUACAAUCCCUUCCUCUAUUUACAAUCUUUCUUCUAUCAAAAUAUUCUCUGUACCACUAAACCUACUCCAGGGGAGUCUUCCCUCAGACUUGGGAUUUACACUUCCAAACCUACAGAGGCUUAACCUUUUCAAUAAUAAAUUUAAUGGACCCAUUCCUGCUUCCCUGUCUAAUGCUCAGGAACUAUCUGCAAUCAUGAUUGGGAAGAAUUACUUUGAAGGAAAAGUUCCUCAGUUGGGAAGAUUGGUGAAUCUGUACUGGUUAGGCAUUUCAGAAAAUAAUCUUGGAAGCGGAAUAGCAGAUUUUAAUGGGUUGAGUUUCCUGUCCUAUCUCACAAAUUGUACCAAUUUGCGUCGAUUGGGUCUAAACGACAAUAACUUUGGUGGGAUGUUGCCAAAUUCUAUAGCCAACCUUUCAAACCAACUUGUAUUUAUGACACUAGAAAGAAAUCGAAUAUUUGGAAAUAUUCCUGAUGGCUUAACAAAUCUUUUCAAUCUAGAAAUGUUGAGCAUGGGGAGCAAUGAACUAACGGGUACAAUCCCUGACAAAAUUGGCAAACUUCGAAAGCUCCAAUUCUUGAAUUUAUCAGGAAAUAAACUCACAGGCAACAUCCCUUCCUCUCUAGGAAAUUUGACUAUGAUUGGUGACCUCUACCUAGGACAGAAUCCUUUGAUUGGGAACAUACCUUUAAGACUAAGUGAAUGCCGACGCUUAUCCAAGCUCUAUAUUUAUCAAACCAACAUCUCUGGGCUCAUACCUAACGAGAUUUUCAACAGCUUGCCCUCACUAACUUUUUUAGACCUAUCUUAUAACAAUCUGAAUGGUUCAUUACCUUCAGAAUUUACUACUUUGAAGAAUCUUGUUACUUUUGAUGUUUCUAAUAACAUGAUAUCUGGCAAUAUUCCUAGCAGUCUUAGCAGUUGUACAAGCUUGGUAAGUUUACUAAUGGAGGGUAACUUCUUUCAAGGUACUGUUCCUUCCUUGAUGUCAUUGAGAGGCCUUGAAGAUUUAGAUCUUUCAAGAAACAACUUGUCUGGUCCAAUUCCAAGAUAUUUGGAGAGCUUCAUGUUCUUAAGGAAUUUGAAUCUUUCCUUCAAUAAUUUUGAGGGUGAAGUUCCAAACAAUGGUGUCUUCAAGAAUGCAAGUGAAAUUUCCUUGGCAGGAAACCAUUUGCUUUGUGGAGGCAUACCAGAAUUAGAAUUGCCAACAUGCAGUACAAAGAAACAAAGCUUCCCUGUUGUCCUGAAAGUAGUUAUUCCUGUGAGUUGUGGGCUUUCUGCAAUAGCACUGCUACUUUGUUUCCUUACCUUUCGGUUAAGAAAAGCCAACAAGGAACUUCCUAUAGGCCCUUCCUCGAAUGAGGAUUCUCCUCAAAGAGUUUCUUAUAGAAGCAUCUUGAAAGCAACCGAUGGGUUUUCUUCAUCCAAUUUGAUUGGAAGUGGAAGUUUUGGAUGCGUUUACAAAGCAAAAUUUGAUCAAGAAGAAAGUCCUGUAGCUGUCAAAGUUCUAAACCUUCAACGCCAAGGUGCUUUCAAGAGUUUUAUAGCUGAAUGCGAAGCCUUGAGAAAUAUCAGGCAUCGAAAUCUUGUCAAGAUAUUAACUGCUUGUUCGAGUGUUGAUUUUCAAGGUAAUGAUUUCAAGGCUUUGGUGUACGACUUCAUGGUUAAUGGGAGCCUUGAACAAUGGCUACAUCCAGCUAAUGGGAUCACCGCAGAUGAGACAUGCAUUGAGACCAGGAAUCUAACAAUUCUUCAGAGGAUAAAUAUUGCAAUUGAUGUGGCUUAUGCACUCAACUAUCUUCAUCAUGGUUGCCAUAAGCCAAUAGUUCAUUGUGAUGUAAAACCGAGCAAUAUCCUUUUGGACUCAUCCAUGAUUGCUCAUGUUGGUGAUUUUGGAUUGGUUAGGUUUCUUGGUGAAGACAGCGAAAGAAGCUCUCUAGUAGUGAAAGGAUCAAUUGGGUAUGCGGCUCCAGAAUAUGGUUUAGGGAGCCAAGUCUCCGAAUUUGGUGACCUGUACAGCUAUGGAAUUCUCUUGCUAGAAAUGUUCACAGGAAAGAGACCCACUGAUAACAUGUUCGAAGAUGGCAUAGACCUCCAUAACUAUGUUAGAAUGGCAUUGACGAAUCGGGUUAUGGAGAUUGUAGAUCCACAGAUUUUUGGAGGAGAAAAGGAGGAAGCAUUUGCACAAUAUAUUCAAGAAUCCAUUGCCUCAAUUCUAAGUAUUGGGUUGGCAUGUUCUAUGUAUUCACCUUCAGAAAGAAUGGGCAUUAGUGAGGCUGUCACCAAGUUGCAGAAAAUUAGGGACGGCCUAUCCUUGGACCUGGGGAGACUGAAGAAAAAUCAAAAUUAUAGGUGAUCGGGGCUACAUUUCUACCUCUUCCUAAUUAAUCAAGGUAUUUCGACCUUACCUCUUAGACACUCCUAUGUGACUACAAAUUUACCUUUGGUUGUAAUAUGUGUAGAGAUAUAUUAUUCAAGUGUGUGUACCGAGUUGAAUUGGACUCUCCAAAUUUUAGUUGAGAUUAGAGGGUCAUGUUUAAUAUGACAUAAUCAAAAUAAUAAUGUAAGUACUAAGGUCAUGUUUGGUAUGGCAUAGCCUAAAGUUAGAGGGUCUAUUUUAUUAGCAUAAUGUUUUAACUAUCUUGAC